AUCUCGAUCCCCGCCGACAACCCCGAAAACUGGCAAGAUGGGUCACGCUGCAGGUCUCCGGGCUGGUACGAGAUAUGCCUUCUCUCGGAAUUUCCGGGAGAAGGGUAUGAUUAGGCUCUCAACCUACCUCAGGCAAUACAAGGUUGGCGAUAUCGUCGACAUCAAGGUCAACGGUGCUGUCCAGAAGGGUAUGGCCCACAAGGUCUACCACGGCAAGACGGGCGUCAUCUACAACGUCACCAAGUCGGCAGUCGGCAUCAUCAUCUACAAGAAGGUCAAGCACCGCUACAUCGAGAAGCGCAUCAACGUCCGGAUCGAGCACAUCCAGCCGUCGCGGUCACGGGAGGGGUUCCUGCGCCGGGUCAAGGAGAACGCUGAGCUCAAGAAGAAGGCCAAGGCCGAGGGCACGCCCGUGCAGCUAAAGAGACAACCCGCCAUGCCCCGCGAGGCGCGGACAAUUUCGGUUGUCGACAACAAGCCCGAGACGGUGGCGCCCGUUGCCUACGAGACUACGAUUUGAGGAUAUUCUAGGCAUGGGGCUGGGGUUUUCGGGGUUAGAUAUGGCUUGCUUCUUUCUCUGUGCAUGGGGUUCAUCGCGUUCGGCACGGCAAGGUAUUUCCUGCAUGAAUUAUUGGUCUGGGAUGCGGGAGUGCUCAUAGGAACGAAUACCAAUGGCAUGACCAUACAGCGGCUCACAAUACCUCGUCCAUCCGGCAUGGUGCAUCCGGAUGCCCAACCAGGGUCCGUGAGCCCGACGCCUCUCUUGGGAGGUGUGUUGAUGCUAGGUAUCUGGAGCAGGUAUCGUUCUUGUGCCUCGGACGAGGACCACGGGCUUGCUUCGACAUAGUGGGUGGGAUCCGUGGCUAUAGUGUAGAAGCCACAGACAAAAGCAACUUCGAUG